GCCACCCGGCACCUGGCGCGGGGCUGAGGCAAGCGACCCCGAGAGCGUCCAGGCCCAGGAGCCAAAGUCGAUCCGGCGACGGGCGCUCCAGAAACGACUAUCUUCACCGUGCGGUGACCAAAUCACCCCCUCCAACAGCGAACUCAUUGGUUUCGCCCCUCAACCCGCAUUGGCUGAGGAUUUACGCCUCGACCAGGGAUUGGAGAAUGACAGGCCAAGAUGCUGAAUUAUCAGGGACACUUUCACUUGUUUUGACACAGUGCUGUAAAAGAAUAAAGGAUACUGUUCAAAAAUUGGCAUCAGACCACAAAGACAUCCACAGCAGUGUUUCUCGGGUUGGAAAAGCCAUCGAUAAGAAUUUUGAUUCUGACAUAAGUAGUGUGGGAAUAGAUGGCUGCUGGCAGGCAGACAGCCAGCGGCUUCUCAAUGAGGUGAUGGUGGAGCACUUCUUCCGACAAGGAAUGCUGGAUGUAGCCGAGGAGCUCUGCCAGGAAUCUGGUCUUUCUGUAGACCCAAGUCAGAAGGAACCAUUUGUGGAGUUAAAUCGAAUAUUAGAAGCAUUGAAAGUCAGAGUUCUGAGACCUGCUCUGGAAUGGGCAGUAUCAAACCGAGAAAUGCUUAUAGCACAAAACAGCUCCUUGGAAUUUAAGCUACACCGACUCUAUUUUAUUAGCUUGUUAAUGGGUGGAACUACGAAUCAGCGAGAGGCAUUGCAAUAUGCUAAAAAUUUCCAGCCAUUUGCCCUAAAUCAUCAAAAAGACAUCCAGGUACUGAUGGGAAGCCUUGUGUACCUGAGGCAAGGGAUCGAGAACUCGCCAUAUGUUCAUCUGCUUGACGCAAAUCAGUGGGCUGACAUCUGUGACAUCUUCACUCGGGAUGCCUGUGCCCUCCUGGGGCUCUCUGUGGAGUCCCCUCUCAGCGUCAGUUUCUCAGCAGGUUGUGUGGCGCUGCCAGCUUUAAUUAACAUAAAAGCUGUCAUUGAACAGAGACAGUGCACUGGAGUUUGGAACCAAAAAGACGAAUUGCCCAUUGAAGUUGACCUUGGUAAAAAGUGCUGGUAUCAUUCUAUAUUUGCCUGUCCCAUCCUUCGUCAGCAGACAACAGAUAACAACCCACCCAUGAAAUUGGUCUGUGGCCAUAUAAUAUCAAGGGAUGCCCUAAAUAAAAUGUUCAAUGGUAGCAAAUUAAAAUGUCCAUAUUGUCCAAUGGAACAAAGUCCAGGAGAUGCCAAACAGAUAUUUUUCUGAACAAAUGAAUUUACUUUGUGAUUUGUAAGUGAAACUGAAUUGUGGGUACAUUUCAGAAGAGAGCGUUGCAUUGAAUGCAGCUAACCAAGGACUCCCGUGUUUGUAUAAGCUGAUGCUCCAGGAACUCUGCCAGUACGCUAGUGUGCACACUGAGGGAAAUGCCCCAGAUGAGUGUUACCACAGGGCUUUAUUAUAUACUCUUGGUCUUCAUUUUUGAUCAAGUAAAUACACCAGCAGUUGUCAUUCAGUGAAGGUUUUUGUACUUAAUUAUAUGGUGGUUUUUUUACUUAAGAGCAGAAACAGAAACUGACCUUCCCUCCAUGUGUUUUAAUACUCCUGCUUUUACUUUUGUCAUUUUCUUGGUAAUUGUAAGCCUUGAGAGCAUUUGUGCAAAGCUUUCUUUCCUGCUAUUUACUUGUAAUUAACUGAAAAAUUCUUCAGAGACAGUUUGAACAAAUUGAAUUGUGGUUGUAAAGCUCAUUUGCAUUUCUUGUUUUGUUUAAGAAAGAAAGCUGUGAUAGAUUCCAAAUUUGGUUUUUGAUAAUUUUCCUCUGCUCUAGCUCUCACUGAGAAGUCAGCACACCUGCAUUUGAGCUCUGCUUGUGGCCCCAGAGGGCUGCCUGUUUAAAAUUCUGUAAUGAAUUUAGCAGGCUGGUGUGAGAGGUCUUCUGCUAGAAUUGAGUGGAAGGGGUAUUACUGGGUUUUUUGCUUUUAUUACCAAGAGGUGCUUGUUUUAAGUGUGUUCAAUAAAAUGAAAUUCUGAAGUUAGAAAUGUUCUUAAGUUGAUGUAUGCUCUCUUGGUCUUGGUAGCCCUAUCCUUUGAAAUCUGCCUUCAGGACCUGGCUGGCUGUCACGUGUGUAUCAUCGCAGACACAGUGUUGUGCAUGUGUAUGUAUAGAUCUGUGCACCAGCAUCAGACAUUGUGUAUCUGGAAGGGAAAAAGCAUGUCCCAAUCCUAAAAUGCAGUUACCAUACCCAUCCCUUUAAGUCCUUAAAGUUAGAAGCUAGCAACUUUUCUGUAGUGGAAAAUAUGUUUAUUGCUGUUUUUGUAUUUGAUUAGUAUACUUACUAUUCAAUGCCUCUCUCCUGCAAAGCUUAUCUUAUUGACUGUGAAUCUGUAUAUUACUCAGAUGGAUACAGAUAAUGAUCUUUUUUGUGAGGUAUCUUCAUUUAAUGCACUGUCCAAAAAGAGCCACGUGAAAGAGUCUUUCUCUGUAUGAGGAACUACAUGGAAAAGACUUCUGUGGACAUAAUUCUGACUUAAACCUAUGAAGACACAUGAAGUUACUUCAUCGUGAGAAAAAUAUUAUGUGGAAAUCACCAAAUAUUUUACAACUUUAUUUCAUCUGACAUGGAGUAUCAGUUCAUCUGACACAAAUAUCAAUAUAGGAAUACUUUCAUGCACAAAUGGAAGAAGAAAACAGACGCCUAAGUGUGGCAUUUCACAUUUUAAGCCACAGGUGGACUUAGUUUAAAGGGAAGGGGUAGGCAAUAGAUUUGGUGCUAAGUUAAUUGCAAAUUGGUGACAUUCACAGCUGCCAACCCCAGAUGGUUUGUCCUAAAAUGUUUACCUGGGAGAACUGGGGUUUAUUUGGGAAGGAAAAGGAUACUGCAGAAAAUCCCUGUGUUAGUACUGCAUGGUCAUGUUCAUGUGGGUGGCUACUGGGUGCUAUGUAGCUUCACCAGGAAUCUCAACUGUCCCAGCCCAGAGUGCUGGCUUUGUCCAAACUCAGUCUGGCCCUGCAGUGACUUUCUUUACUGUUGGAGCCAUCUGUAAAGUUCCCCUCUACCAAAGGCAGAGACUGAGAUGAGCUCCUGGACUAAAAGAGAAGGGACAGGAUGCCAGGCAGCACUCUGUUGGUAUAAACUGGUUUACUAUAGAUAUUUUUCCCUUUGAACUAAAUUCUAGAGUGUCUUUUUUUGUUGUUGUUGCUUUUUUAAUCUCUUUCUCCCUAGGCCAGGUUUAGCUUUAUUCACAUUUUAUUCUCCCCUUUCCACCUCAGACAUCUACCCAGCCAUUAGGUUUCAUGUAAGGUUUGGACAAUACAGAUGUGCUCUAGAGGCAGUUGGUAAAUAUUUUUGGUAGCAAGAACCUUCACAUAGUUUGCUCAGGCCGUUUUUCAGGACAAAGGGCAGAGCUCUACUUUAUCCCUCUCCCAGUGUUGGGAAUCCUCUUGACAGUUUCCUGUGCAGCUCAUGAAACUUUACAAAGAGCAUGCUUUAGUAGCAUUUGACUUUACAGCUUCCUGGGUACCAUCCUUGUUCACUAUAUUGGGCAGGAAGAGAGCCAAAAAAUGGAGACUCGUGGCCUGAUAAUUAACCGUGAAAAUUAUGUCUUGUAACCUUCUUCAAGUGCAUGGAUACUACUUAAAAUAUAGCAGAGACGAGAUGUGCAGGAGACGUGGCAGCAGAGAGGCCAGACCUUAACCAAAGAUGCUGAAGUACAACAUUCUGUCCUUGCUACUCUAGAAAGUCUUCACAGAUGGGGUCACAACCAUGUCAUCGCUGAUGCUAUCUGUGUCAGCAGUGCUGGAGAUGCUUUGUGUCUUUUUCUGUCUCCAUUUGAAAAAGGUAAUCAUAAAGACAAGGUUUUUUUGUUGUUGUUUUAAUUUACAGUCAGACUAAUUAUGUCCACUGGAAACAAUUUUAGAAUGGUUUCUUAAGGCUCUUUGAGAGUCAUUUCAGUUUACCAGUUGUGGACAAAGGCCAUGGGACUCUUCUUGGCCCAUAAAACCUUAUGAGCAAAUCUUUAGAUUCUGAUGGCCAAAACAUUUGUAUUUUCAAGUACACUCUUUACAAUGGCUAAGAUUCUCUUUUUGAGCUUUUUUUCUCCUUUAUAUAAUCAUCACAGAUGCCAUUUCUUUUAUUGACGAUUAUAUGAGACUUCUAAUACAGAAAUGAACGGGUAAUGGUGCCUCUUUAUUUUAAAAAAGUUUUAAGAAAAGAGCCACCUCAUUUCAUAGUGUGUAUUUUGUGAGUGAGUGAGCUUUUAAUUAAAAAUAAGGAAGUCAAUCUUGUUUUACUUUUGCUGUAGUGGCUGAUGUACGCAGACACUAAAACCCACACCAAGUCAUGUGGGGAUGAGGAUCCUUGUUUUUGUUUUUGUUUUUUUCCUCCAGGUGGUUGCAUAAGUCAUGCAGUUCAAGUUCAGUAUUCUUUAUGCUGUAAGUUAUUUCCACCUCAGUGGUGUUGCCCUUUGGGACAGUGGAUAUAACAAGAACUAAGAACUCUUGAUUUAUCCACACAAGACAAGCUGCUGGUAGACUAUGUUACCCCUGUUUUUCCAGCUCAACCUCUGACAAAGUGGACUGAUAGCCGCCACACUGGUCAGUCUUUAGUUUGCAGACUCAGGUUAUCUUCUGGGAAGGUUUGGUUGGUUUCAUCACUAGGAUGUGUCACGUGAAGACCAAAACCAAAUCCCUGUCAUCAUUUAACUCUACUUGCGUUAUCUCUGGUAACACUAGAAUGCUGCGGUCUUGAGGGGAUGUUAGCAAGGAACACGCGGAAGGCUUGGUGUUUCAUGAGCCUGUGUGGCUGUCUCAUGUGGUACAGUAAUGUUUACCGUGAGCAGGUACAAGCUUCAUGAAAUUUUCUUACUGAACUAUAAUUGAGUAGAUAACCAAAAAUACAAUGACAAAUGUAUUUUAGUGGCAGACGAAGCAAUUAGAUUUAGGGUGAAUUUUCCACUGUUGAUUUUACUUUAAGACAGCAAGAAAAUAUUUUUGUUUUUAAGCUUUUUUUUUUUUUUAAACUGUAGUGGGCAUGUGCUUCAUUUACUUCCAAAGAGACAGAAGCAGCUGGAUUUUAC